AUGUUUCGCAGGUGCAUAAGUUCGCAAUUGCAAAGUUUGCUAAUAUGUCCUCGGCCAAGACCUUUCAUCCAGGCCUGGAAAAAGUCCAAGAGCAAUGACUCUCACUCCAGUCGUUUUAGCCGUCAGCCUUUGCUUACCUCGUUGCUGUUUGAUCCUCCGAUGUCCUGCGACAUUCUUUCCAGCGACCUGAUCUCGCCCUGUUCCCCACCUACAAUCAAAUAUGUUCAUCAAAAGGUUAACCGGAAAGGUCGGGCUUACCAUAAGAAAACUGGCGCGGAUGAUCUGGAUUCCUGUCUGGAAAAAGGCGGAAAGUGUCGCCACCGACCUCAGUCUAAGAAGCGGAAAACCGACAGAGAAAUGAUACAAAGGCUGGAGGACCUGAUGAACGAUGGUGUAGACGGAGUUCGGAAAAUGGAAGGAAAAAGGGAAGGGAAGCAAAUGAAAAUGCAGAUAAGGAAGUCCACCAAAGGUAAAGUCCCAAAAAGUCGUCCGUCCAAUACAGUUUCGGAGAACAACGAGGACCAAGAACCGAAAAAUUCAAUCAAAAAUUUCCUUUCCAUGAUCGUGGCUAAAAGUAAAGAGGUAAGGCAACAACUCGAGAAGGGCAAGCAAGCAGACCUUAUUAGAUAUAAUCCUGCUAAAAAGGAUAAAAUCCUGCAAUACAAGAAUAAAUAUAGAAAACAUAGGCAGAGGAAGUCAAAGCAGCAAGUCCCACAGACAGUAAUUAAAGAUCAGCCCACUUCCACGGCUGAUCAAAAUUCCACUGGGCCACAGAAUCAAGAGGGGAUUAUGUUAGGUAAUGAAGCUUUGGUCCAAAUACAAAAAUCAAAGGCAAAAUCCAGUGAAGUUGGUUGUCCAGGAGAAUCUUUACAGCACUCGUCAAAACCAAAUUCCUCAGAACUCUUGAAGGACCGUGAGGAGAUGCUUAUUAGUACAGCAAAGCAGGAAACCGACUGCCGUUUGCAAUCUUUGAAAAACUCUACAUCCUUAACUCCGGUCAAGGAAACGGAUCUUGUGAAGCCAGAAGUAAGUCAAACCCAUCUCCAAAAUAUUUCACCUUCUUCAGAUCAAGAUAAGAAAAUCAGAGGGAUCAAAGUAAAUGCCAUUGAACAAAGUACCUUCAAACUCGCUUCCCCAGAAGAAGUAAAAGCUGAAAGCAAAGCGGACAUCAAAUUACUUGAUACGUGCACAUGUCAUACCUCGAUUGACUCAAAACCAGUUAACUUUAUUGACAUGUUAAAAAACCAAAUUCACAAACAAUUGUGGGAACAUCAUGAAAAUGAUUUAGAAAAGAGCAAGAAUAUUUCUUGUGAGAAAAAAGAAAAUAAAUGUGCAUCAGACAUUAAAAAAAUUAGUCCUUGUUCUAAUCCCAAAAUAUUUUUCAAUCAACCACAAUCAUGUCAAGACGGCAAGAGCUUGCAAGACCUACUCAAAAAUGAGAUUGACAAAAUUCCGUGGCAUGUCCCUAAAAAUGAGUGCGAAAAGAAACCGAGGAAAACUAAUAAAGAUUUUCAAGUGUGUUUUCCAAUGUUGUGUGAUGGAGAUCAGCUGAAAUUUCGAAUAGCUGAAUUAAUAGCGAAGUGUAUGUACCUGGUGGACAAUAAUAUGGAAAGCGGGUCGGAAUGUAAAAAUAUCCACACGUCGGAAAAUGGGAACAAAGACAAAGAACUCAAUAAAUUAGUUGAACAUUUCUGGAAGCAUUAUCUGCAUUACCGUUCGAAUCAAAAAAACGAUAUCUGUAAGCCCGAUGAAAGCCCAACAAAGAAAUUUAAUGCUUCACCGAUAGAAAACAGCGAACAUGAUAUAAUGAAGCAUGUCGAGACUAUAAUACACCAGUGCGAACUUAUAAAAAAAGCGAAUAAAAAGAUCGAGAAAUGCGUUAAAUCCGAACCGAAAGGCAAAACGACAGAAACGGGGUUAACAAAUACAUGUCAAGAUGAAGACCUAAAGCAAAAGUGUAAGGAAUACGAACAGAAAAGAAAAUGCUCAAUCGCAUUGAAAAAAAAGAAGCAAGGCGUAAAAGACGUACUCAAAAACAUAUGUAUAGAGAAAUGCGAGGAUAAAUAUUUAAGGAAGAUAUCACUUCUCAUAGAAGAACUGCAAAAAAAAAUGGAAGAAGACAAGCUAAAGAUAACAUGUAGAAGGCAUAAUGAGAAGAAAACAAGCUCAGAAGAGAAUCUAAGAAAAAAGAUUGGCCCAUUGGAAUUAAAGAAGGAAUGCAUGGAUAUUGAACUAAGGAAAACAUGUGCAGAAGAAGAAUUAAAGAAGAAUUGUGCAGAAAAAGAUUUGGAGGAAAAAUGUGCAGAAAAACAAUUAAAAGAAAAAUGUGCAGAAGGAAAAUUAAAGGAAGAAUGUGUCGAAAAAGAAAUUAAGGACAUCUGCGCAAUAGAAAAAUUAAAGAAGAAAUUGGCAGAAAAAGAGUUAAAGGAGUCAUGUGCAAAGAAAGAAUUAGAAAAGUGUGCAGAAGAAGAAUUAAGGGAGAAAUGCGGCAAUGAAGAAUUAAAGAAAAAAAUUUCUGAACUAAAGCUAAAGAAACGGUGUGAAAGGGAUGAGCAGGAAAGGAAAUGUAAAGAGUUUUCUCUAAGAAAGAGAUGUGCAGAAUUUGAGUUAAAAAAAAAAUGUGAAGAAAAUCGAAGAAAAAUUGCAAAACAGAAGCUGGUUGACGAUAUAAAGAGAAAGUGUGCCACAUAUGAUUACAAAGAAAAACGCGCAGAAAAACAAUUAAAGCUAAAAAACAAAAGUGCUGAGGAAAAUCUAACGAAAAUAAAUUCCAACUUAGCGCUAGAACGAGAUGACGAGAAAAAUAUAAGCUCAUUGGAAAAACUGAAGAAUAAGGUUGGCCUGUCGCGAAAAAGUUCAAAGGGUAAUACUCAUAAAAAUAAGUGUACAUCGACCGAGUCGAGUAAAAAACUUCCAAUGACUGAACUUAGGAAAUGGCGUGAGGCGAUCAACCGACGCAAGAAAUUUGUGGACGCAGAAAUAAAAAACUGGAGUAAGAAGGACGAAUUUAGGAGAUGGCUUAAUUUACGAAAAAAAAAUAAACCGAUUCGCACCAAAAGCAUUGAUGAUUGCAAAAAAUGUAAUGCAAUGCGAAACGAGGGACUGAGAAAUAGGCCGGAAAAUGGCCAAAACUUGGAGUUCCAAGGGUUAGGCAUAUUCCUAAGAUCUGCCUUGUCAAGACCCAGGCAAAGACCACUUCCUGGCUUGAAGAGCGGCCUAUGUGAUCCCAUCCCUGCACAGGGAGAUGAUGACAAAGAAAAGCUUUUCAACCCUCGACAGUGGCCUUUAUUUCCAGAGUAUGCCUCUGCCUACAAACCCACCACACGACGAACUCCAUUGCUGGAGUCCAACUUCUUUCUGCGCCGGCUGCUGCCCGACUUGAAACCACUGAGUAUCAACGAUACCCUAGGGUACUACCUCAAUCGCAUAAACCCAUCCCCCUUCGGUAGACGGGGCUACACCAAAGACGAGUUUGGAAAAGGCUCGUCCUUGUUGUGGCCCUUUUCCACAUUUGCGAGAAGGAAUUUCAAAGAUGAGACAGAUUAAAAGCCAAAA